AUGGCUCCUCACCCCCAGGAGCAGCGUGUCCAACGCAACCAACACCAACCACCUCCUCAGCAAACAUUUUCCUCUCAUUCAAUGCAUCAUGUGCCGCCUCCUAUGACACCUUUCAAUGGCGUUGGGCCGCAGGAAACCAUAACAUUCUUCGAUGCUCUUGAAGAUCGCACUCCAUCACCACCAACAUCUGAGCGUAGUUCGCCUGCAGGCGGAAUGGUGAUGAACAACGUGGUAUAUGGCACGUGUAAUCCAACUCCUCAUUUUGCUGGUAAUCCUGGUAUGGUCAAUAGUCUGUCGGCAGCGCAGCAGCAGCUGAAAUCACGGAGUAAGAUGCACGAGAUGGCAGUGCGUCAGCGGCUCAUAACUGAUCAGGUGUGUGAAGCUGUUCCUGUCUCCUAG